GAUGAAAGCACCGCCCUCGAGAUCUCAUGACAGUACAGAGAAUCAUCAUGCCCCUCCAUUUCCUUCCCGUAAUAUCGAGGUGGCUGUAGGUCUGCUUGGACUUUCUACUGGUUUUAAUCCGAAUGUAAAGUGGUGCCAAUGAAAGCCCAGAGCUUUGGUCAAGUCUCAACAGUCGCCAGGAUUAUUCGCUCGCUAUAAGUGCCCAAUCUGCCCACAUCUUUGGGCAUCUGCGCCAGUUCAUAGUCGAUGGUAGUCUACCUUCGGGCGAGUAGUAGCAUCUUCCACCUUAAUGGCUUCAUGCCGCCCCUCUGCAGCUUGUUCAAGUGCUUAUAAUUGAACUUCUUACUCUGUGUGAACCUCUACUUCUUUGUACUGCUUCUGUUGCAUAUACUUCUUAUGAACCCUUAGUACUGUCCCAGUACCAGUGACAACUUCAUAUUCUAUGCACUCAUUUCCCUUCAUCUUUUUAUGAACCUGGAUGUUCCAGACUAUGUCUUUGUCAACACCGUAUACAUGCUCAUUCUGUGGGCAAGUAUCACACAACACUAGUACACUUGCUGCUUUUGCCGAUGAUUUUAAUUGUAGCCAGUGCGGCUUGUCAGCAGCCGAAGGUAAUCUGCAAAUGCAAGAAGACCUUGUGGCACUUUUCUCCCGGCAAAUGCGUAUGGAUAUACCAAUACCGUCUGGCAGUCAGGAGAUGCCACCAGCCGUCCAUCCUCCGGUCGCGUACAGUAUCACCCAACACUAUCAUCACUCCUCGCAUGUGGCCCGCUGCACCUUUCCAGCAGGAUCACCAGAGCAGGAUGAGCCCUUGGAUCCUAACGUGACUCCAAGCUCAGUACAUGAAAUGCUGAGAUUGCAAAACAUCAACCCAUCAUCCCUUACUCCCACACAGCUACAGUUAUUUGAGAAUGCAAUGCCAGAGCAACGAUCACGCUUAAUCCAGAUCUGGCAAAUCUUCCCAGAGUCUAGAGAUGCAUCCACCGACCCAAGCUUGGAGAGGGUGAAACAGUCGAGCUCCGAGCUUUAUGCAUAUUCUUCAGGAGGGGCAGCGAUCAAUGCACAUGAUUCAAACCUAUCAGCUCAUACGGGCUAUACUGAUGAUUUGGACAUGUGUGAUUUAAUGCACGAUGGAGGUAACGAUGAAGAUGGACACCAGUAUGCCGAGCCAUAUAUGAUAUCCGGUUAUGAAGUUCUUGCACAGAGAGACUAUGAGCUAUGUGCAGGUAAAAUUGUGCCUGUGAUGAAUGAGCCGACGACGGGGUCACCAUAUAAGCUGUCAAACGACCCUAUCUACAGGGCUCAGGGUCAUCAAUGGUGGGAAAAGAUACGUUGAAUAUUAGUACAGCACUUUGGAGGAGAUGAAUCGGUAUGCGGCAUGUGGUCUCCUACAACCUAAAUGGCAUUCGUAAAUUCAAGCUUCUCGGGGUUGUAUUAGGGUAAAAGGUUAGAUCCAUAUUUAUUAGAUUGCGAACUAUUAUUUAAUCUCUGAAAUUAUUCUAGCGCGUUGUAAAAGACUCGAUUAUUUCUGGUGGCUAUCGACCUACUGCACACCAGGCGAUGAGUA